GAUCCGAGACCAACGCAGCUGCGAAAAUGAACACGGAGAAAGACUUUUCGCCGUUGACGCCCAACAUCGUCAGGGCUCUGAAUGAUAAACUGUACGAAAAGAGGAAAGUCGCAGCUCUAGAGAUCGAGAAGCUGGUGCGGGAGUUCGUGGCUCAGAACAACGCCACUCAAAUCAGACAUGUGAUCCAGAUUUUAGCCUCGGAGUUUGCCCUCUCUCAACACCCGCACAGCCGGAAAGGGGGUCUCAUUGGACUGGCUGCUUGCUCCAUCGCCCUCGGAAAAGACUCGGGUCUGUAUCUGAAGGAGCUCAUUGAGCCUGUACUCACGUGUUUCAAUGACUCAGACAGCCGCUUGCGCUACUAUGCCUGUGAGGCCCUCUAUAACAUAGUCAAAGUGGCCAGGGGAGCUGUGCUGCCCCACUUCAACCUGCUUUUUGAUGGUCUCAGCAAACUUGCAGCAGAUCCUGACCCAAAUGUAAAAAGUGGAUCUGAACUCCUGGAUAGACUACUGAAAGACAUUGUCACCGAAAGCAACAGUUUUGACUUAGUGGCAUUUGUUCCACUGUUGAGAGAGAGAAUCUACUCCAACAAUCAGUAUGCCAGGCAGUUUAUAAUUUCUUGGAUUCAUGUUCUGGAGUCUGUGCCAGACAUCCACCUGUUAGACUAUCUCCCUGAGAUCUUGGAUGGGCUCUUCCAGAUUAUGGGGGACAAUAGCAAAGAGAUUAGAAAGACUUGUGAGGUGGUGCUUGGAGAGUUUCUAAAGGAGAUUAAGAAGAUUCCCUCUACUGUGAAGUUUGCUGAGAUGGCCAACAUAUUGGUUAUCCACUGCCAGGCUGCAGAUGAGACCAAAUUAACAAAUGAUCUGAUCCAGCUGACAGCUAUGACGUGGAUGAGGGAGUUCAUCCAGCUUGCGGGCAGAGUGAUGCUUCCGUACUCUUCUGGCAUCCUGACUGCAGUGCUGCCUUGCCUUUCCUAUGAUGACAGAAAGAAGAAUACUAAAGAAGCUGCUAGUGCUUGUAAUUACAGUCUAAUGAAACUGGUCACUCCUGAGGAUGAUGAGGAAGAGGAGGAGGAAAGGCGUGAAAGCACAGGGUCACCAUCUAAGGAAAAUGACAAGCCCAAAACAGAGACAGACAGCAAUGAUAUGCUGAAUGCAUCCCAGGAGUCUGUUGGUUUCAGUAAUAUCAGUUUCUUCACUCCAGCAAGUGCUGAUAGGCCUCAGGUAACUCUGGACCUGGAUGGCAUUGUUCAGGUGUUGGACCGCCACCUUCAUGAAUCCUCCACUGGCAUGAUGACCCGCAUAGCUGUGCUUAAAUGGCUUUAUCACCUCUACAUCAAGACACCACGCAAAAUGUUCCGCCACACAGACAGUCUCUUUCCCAUGCUCCUGAAAACUCUGUCUGAUGAGUCCGAUGAGGUCAUACUGAAAGAUCUGGAGGUCUUAGCCGAGAUAGCAUCAUCCCCUGCUGGCCAAACAGACCAAAAUUUGUCCUGUGACAACGUUGACAAUAAGGUGGUGCUCAAGGUGCCAGAGGGUGUGAAGCCUGCACAGCAGUCCAGCACAGGAUCCAAGGGGGUGGACUCAUCCCCCUCCACUCCCAGUAUGAACUCUUAUUUUUACAAGUUCAUGAUCAACCUGCUCAGGCGUUUCAGUCUGGAGAGAAAGCUUUUGGAGAACAGAGGAGCUUUCAUCAUCCGACAGUUGUGUCUGUUGCUUCAUGCAGAGAACAUCUUCCACUCCAUGGCUGACAUCCUGUUGAAGGAGGAGGACCUUAAAUUUGCCUCCACCAUGGUUCAGACACUCAACACUAUCCUGCUCACCUCAGCUGAGCUCUUCGAGUUGCGCAACCAGCUGAAAGACCUGCGCACUCAGGAGAGCUGUGCUUUGUUUUGCUGCCUGUAUCGUUCCUGGUGCCACAACCCUGUGGCGACUGUUUCACUUUGUUUCCUCACGCAGAACUACAAGCAUGCCUAUGAUUUGAUCCAAAAGUUUGGAAAUCUCGAGGUUACAGUUGACUUCCUGAUGGAGGUCGACAAGCUUGUACAGCUUAUAGAAAGCCCCAUUUUUACAUACUUGCGUCUGCAGCUCCUCGAUGUGGAGAACAACCCAUACCUGAUAAAGGCACUGUACGGUCUGCUGAUGCUGCUGCCCCAGAGCCAGGCCUUUCAACUGCUCUCCCACCGCUUGAGUUGUGUUCCCAAUCCAGAACUCAUGAGGACUGUAGAUGAAUCCAAGUAUAUGGACUCUAAACAGCAAGUGGCUUCCAGACGUGCCUCUCACACUCAGGUGGAUUACAGUGAGCUGCUCCAGCAUUUUGAACGUGUCCAGAGCAAACACCUUGAGGUACGACACCAACGCUCCGGGCGUUCCUCUGAUCACCAUGACAGGAAGCUGAUGUGAAGUUAUUAUACCAUAGUAAGAUGAGAUUAAAAAACAAAUAACAAGGAGUGAAAUAAUAAUAUGGUUGUAAGGUGAGAACUGUUACUGAAGCCAAAUAGUAUAACAAUAGUAAGUAAAAUUUUAAGUGUUUGCCAAUGAAAUACUAGGUAAAAAUAAAUCAAAUAAUCAGAAUGUGUAUUUAAUACAUUACACUAUAACAAGGCAAAUUAAUAGUUAACUUCUUCUGUGUAAAUUUAGUAUGGAAAAUGUACAUAGUUGCUCAUAACUCAUCUAAUAUUGGUCAUAUUAGGCAAUAUCUUGAGUUUCCAUUAUGCCCUGUCAGUUUGUUUUUCUUUUUAAAGGUAAAUUAAACCUUCGCAAUGUUUCGUGUUAAACUGACAAUCAUUUACUUUAAUCAUUUAUUCUAGAGUUAAAUGGUGCACAAGUAAUUCACCAUGUAAUUCAAUUUCCAUGUGAGCCACUGUAUUUUUGUGGUAUACUUUGUUUAGUAGUGCUACUAGAGUUUAUGUUCAGUUUGGCCUUAACCUCACUUUAGCCAGAAAAGAAAUCUCUUUUUAAGAUUGACUGCGCUAAAGCAAGACCUCAGACUUGAAGGAGCUGAUGAAUAAACCCAUGUAUGGGCUGUUGUUUUGUUUCACAACAACUUACUUACACACUUCGAGCAUUUAAUUCUUUUGCUUUUUUGUACAGUGUCUGUUCUACUUACUUAUCAAUGCUCUUUUUUCUUUGCACAUUUGUCAUUCCAAUGUGAAAAUGAUUAAAGUGGACCAUGUGAUUAGAAA